CCAUCUUGGCCCAAGUUCCUGGCGCCAGGGCGAUUACAGUCAUGCCGAUGACUGUACGAGGCGCGCCCCCCCCGUCCGCCCACGAUGCGCCUCGCCGGCGGGUUCCUGCUCGCGGCGGCCGCCGGGUGCGCCGCGGCCUCGGGCGGCCUCGCCGCGACCUGCGCGGGCGGUGCGGCGAGCUCGGAGGCGGAGGCGGACGGCCAGCAGGAGUGCGAGCAUUCGGCCAUGCGGCUGCAGGCCCUGCAGACCCGCUCCUCGCUGGCGGGUGCGCCGUCGCCCGGGAGUCCCAUCAAGGCCAGGCCCGCGGGGCCUGCUGACUUGGAUAUGCGGGUCGAGACCGGGUACGUGGAAGGCAACCCGUACGUGUUCAGUCCCAACGUCUAUCUCAAGGAGAUGGUCGACCCGAGCAACUAUUGGGGUUGGUGCCUGGACAUCGCCGGGUCCCCGCCCAUGCCCUCGUGCACGUCCAUUCAGGGCCACUCCUGCAAGUCGACGGGCGAGGAUACCCAGUUCACGUACGACUCCGAGAGGCACGAGCUUCGCGCGGUCAACUUCAACUCCGAGUGCCAGCCGCUGUACAGUGGGCAAAACGACAUCCAGAAGUGGAAUGCGACCACGGAAAACAUGAAACAGGGAUGUGUCAGCGUCAAUGGAGAUAUCGUGGCCGGCGCCACCCUGGGCAUCAGCAAGUGCGAGGGCCGUGCGCAGCAGCAAUUCAUCUACACGCCCAAAUGCAGUUUGCCAUCGGGAAUGACAGCCUCUGCCUCGUCCUCGGCACCAGCCGGCAGUCCCUGCCGGACAUGAUGAUGCGCUCCGCCGAGAUCCAGACGUGCGAGUCCUGGCCGUCCGAGCUGUCCACUUGGGAGGUCCUCCAGAAAGAUCACCUGCGGGUCACGCCGUCCAGCGAGGCCGAAGUUCAGUAUCGUUGAACCGAUCCCCAUCCCCAUCCCCAUCCUCAUCCCUCGAGACCCCCACCAUCUUACCAUCCCAGUUGGGGAUACACCCCUGGAAGCCCGAAGGGAACGGCCUACAUCCCCAUCCAGGGGGGUAAAUCGGCCAGUGGGGCCCAGGCCACGCCGCUAAAAAUGGAGGUCGGAUAAACGCUGCUCAGAGGGCGCGGAUGCGUCCACGCUCGGUCCCGCAGGCGAGGCGCCGGAGUGAGAAGGCCGCUCGGGCCGUCGGACCGUUCACACUCCGGCUUGCAGACCGACGAGACCAGCAGCCCGCUCGGGCCGUCGGAGCGAGGAGGCGCGUCGGCGGCGCACCCUCUCUCUUUUCGGGCCAGGGGUCGAGCCCUUGGCCCGCCAGGCCGCUCUCCAGGGGCGGGGCUGGAGGGUUGGGUGGAGGGGGGGGGAGGAGGAGGAGGACUCCUUUCUCCAUCCUCCCUCUUCGCUCCAACCUCCCUGCCUUGAUCGUCCCCACCUGUGCGUCUCGUGCAGCGCUGACACGAUGGUCUAUCAGUCGUUCGCUUCUGCUCUGCGGUGGCCUCCGCGCGGUCCGUGCCUUGCCACACGCUGCGCACCCCAUGUUUGCGCGCUACGCGGACCAACUCGUUCAGGGUCGGCGGAUUUGUUUUUGCCUGCACAGAUGUUUUGCCUGCGCACAGCUCUGGGUAGCAGCGGGGGAGCGCGGGCAGCUGGAGCUGCAGCCGCAGCCCCAGCCCAUUACCCCGUUCGCCAGAGAGCCGCAGAAAAAAAACGAGGCCCCGAUUAUGGUUG